GCCUAUAGCCACACCUUUAAAAUGGAGGACAGUACAUGGUCCAAUGGUGAUGCUGGUUUCAAGGUCUCAGUGGAAUCACUCCAUACUACAAGAGUCAAGGAGAUCAACUAUGAUGGAGAAGAGAUAUAUGAAGGGAGACCUUCUCUCUCUCAGAAACUAAGUGAAUUAGCUCAACAUGUUGACUUUAGAGAAGAGAGAGCUGAUGAUGAUAAUGACAGAGAAGAAGGAAAGAAGAAACAAGAGGAGGAGGAGGAGGAGGGAGUUUCUGGUCCUACAACUAAGAAACCAAGUCAUCGCUGGCCAUGGGAAUUCGCACACAAAACUCAAGUACAUAAAGACAUGUAUUUGUAUAAACAAGAGUAUAAAUCAUGUAUCAAUGUAUUGCAUGCAUAAAGUGGGAAAGAGGAAGAGAAUAUUAAUGUUAUGUAUCAU